GAAGACGCUACGAUAGAGUCACCCAACUUGGAACAAUGUCCGACACUGUCAAGUUUGCGUAAAAUAUCACUUUACUCAGUUAAAAUCACGAACGCACUGGACCUAAACCACUUCCUGUGUCGCUCGUAUCCGGCACUAAGCGUCCUAGAACUCAUCAACGUGACCACCUGUGGGUCAUUCCUGUACGAUCAGGUGGUACUUUCUUGCAACAUGGCACAACUGGAACUUUUGGUGUUGAUAGAACCGGAUAAAUCGAUCAAUUUGAUGCUCUUUGAAUACAUCGAUCUUCCCAAGCUGCGAGAGGUGAAGCUGAAGUUCAAAGAAUCUUAUUUAGCGAGCAUUCCAGUUGGAAAACAGCUCCGGAUACAGCACAUUACCAUGGAGCUCAGCGUAGUUAACGCGGAUACCUUCCAAAACAUUCGACUGGUGUUGCCAAAUCUGAAAAAACUGACACUGUCCGGAUGCUCAAGGAACGAUGUUCAAACCGCGCGGGAAAUACUCACUGGCUGUGAUGUACGCUAUAGGCGAAAAUGGCGCUUUGAAGAAGCAUUCUGAAAAAGUUUUGUUCGGAUUCGUUGAUCGAAAUAUACUUUGUUGUAGUUAGAGAAUUGUAACUGUUCAGGUAUAAAUUUUGUGCAUAAUAAGUUUACGCAAAGAGAUUGUUGUUAUAUACUUUUUUACUUGUGAAUAAGUAUAAUUUUGAUAACCUAUAAUACAAUUUUAAAAUAGCAGAGAAAUGUUGUU